AUGUUGGAGUUUGCGAAGCAGCGGCGAGGUUGUUGGAGUUUCACUGUGCCAGAUCCGGUGGUGUCCAGGUCAGACCUGGCAGUUCUCAGACACGCAGUCGCAAGGUGCUCUGGCUUCAUUUUGAACAGGAGGCUGAUGAGGAUUCGAAUCUUGACAAAUUCUAG